UUCUAGCCGGGGCCAAUGGGAAAACGGCUUUCUCAGGGAGACUCGCAAAGCGGCAGGCAUGGCCCCGCCGGUGCGUUGCUGCGUCCCAGGUGAGCGGCUCUGCAGCCUGGAGGAGGGCGCGGCGGGCAGCGGAACCUACACCCGGCACGGCUACGUGUGCGCAGCGCUGGCCGGCUGCCUGGCGAAGACGAGUGAGGACGGAGCGCUGCCGGUGGUGUCUGUGGUGAGAGAUGCCGAGUCCCAGCUCCUGCCCGACGUAGGGGCCAUCGUGACGUGCAAGGUGUGCAGCAUUAACUCCCGCUUUGCCAAGGUGCACAUCCUGUACAUCGGCUCCACACCGCUGAAAUCUGCCUUCCGAGGCACCAUACGGAGAGAAGACAUUCGAGCCACAGAGAAAGACAAGGUGGAAGUUUACAAGAGUUUCCGGCCUGGGGACAUAGUCCUGGCCAAAGUGAUCUCCCUGGGGGACAUGCAGUCCAACUACCUGCUGAGCACAGCAGAGAAUGAGCUGGGUGUGGUGGUGGCUCACAGCGAAGCAGGGGCACAGAUGGUGCCGAUCAGCUGGUGUGAGAUGCAGUGCCCCAGGACACACUCCAAGGAGCUCCGCAAGGUGGCCCGCGUGCAGCCGGAAUUCCUGCAGACCUAGCUGGCCAGCCUGUGCCCCGUCCCUGCUGCAGGGCUGCCAGCCUGCGCCUCCGUUGUCAUCCCUUAACCAGAGCAACCCCUGCAGGCCAGUGAGCCGGGACUUGACCUGCCCCAGGGCAGGGGGCCUGUGCAUGCAGCCAGCACCUCCUGGAGCAUCCACUGGAUUUUGGAUUGUAUUAAGGCUAGUGUGGGGGGAGUAGGGUCCCCUAUGCCCUUCUGCAAGGGGUAGCCCCUGCCAGGGCCCUGCUCCCCAGUUUGGUUUUUAAACUGCUGUGCCCUGAAUAAAUAUAUUCCUGAA